AUGGACUUAUUCUGUACCGCUGAGCUCGCCGAGCUCUGUAUGAGAGCACGAGAGCUCAUUUGGUCGGAACCGAUUUGUCUGAAAUUGGAGGGACCGAUUUGUGUGAUGGGCGACUUGCACGGUCAAUUCGAUGACUUGUUGGGAAUGCUUGAUUUGAACGGAUGGCCGUUGACUGAAUCAGAGAUGAUAUGGUUUGAGGAAAAGACACUGAAAAUCAAGAGGAGCGGAAGAAAUGAGCAGAAGUCGUCGGCACAGCCAGAAUCCACACCGAUCAAGACUCCGAAAGGAAGUGGAGAAGUGAAGUCUGAAAUGGAAGAGCUGGGAUACAAAAGAUAUCUGUUUCUGGGGGAUUAUGUGGAUCGUGGUCUCUUUUCGAUGGAAGUCGUUAUUCUGCUGAUUUCUCUGAAAUUAGCAUAUCCGAAUCGAGUCUAUAUGCUUCGAGGAAAUCAUGAGUCGAGAUCUGUCAAUUGUCAUUAUGGAUUCUAUAGAGAAGUCACUCGAAGAUACGAUCCGAGUCUCUACGAAUGCUUCCAAAAUCUCUUCAACGUCUUCCCAUUCUGUGCUGUCAUUGAAAAUUCCAUCAUUUGUAUGCAUGGAGGAAUCAGUGAGCAUUUGACGAACUUCUCUCAAUUCACUGCUUUCAAAAGACCACUCGAAGUGCCAGAUGUCGGAGUUUUGGCUGAUUUGACAUGGGCGGAUCCGGAUCCGACUGUCAAAACGUACAAAGCAUCUACCAGAGGUGCCUCGUACGUCUUCGGAUCUCAAGCUCUUCGUGCAUUCCUCAAAAAACUCAAUCUUCAAAUGGUUAUUCGUGCUCAUCAAGUCGUUGAAGACGGAUAUGAAUUCUUCGAUGGACGUCGUCUUGUCACUAUUUUCUCAGCUCCAAACUACUGUGGACAGAAUGAUAAUACGGCCGCAAUUUUGUGUAUCGACAAGAAGUUGAAGAUUUCGAUUGUAGGAUAUCGACCAGCUCAAAGAGAUAAAAAGUUUGAGAAGGAGAAGAGAUCUAAGGUUCCGCCGAAGCCAUGUUAA